AUGGUCAUCGUCGACAAGUCCAGAGUUCAUCGCCUCGAGGUUCGAUGCUGCAAUUGUCCAAACACCAUGAGUCCAGACAUUCAAAUGUUUCGAGAUGGAUUUUUCCCUGCAUCAUUCAACAAACUGAAGACUGUGUUCACCUUCAGAGUGUUCGACAAUUUUCUAUUGGACAACCUAGAAUGUGGCACCUCCGCGAUGAACUAUUACAGCAAGCUCCGGCGAAUGACCUCCAGCAUGUUUCCUCACCUUGUUCCGGACCGAUACAGAGAGCUCAUGAGAGUCGCUCGACAAUGGAGGCAGUUGAAGACCAUGAAAUGGCAUGGCUUCGGUCAUCGUUCCAACGUCCCAAAUGCCGGAGAUCUCGCAUUGUUUUGCCUGACAUGUCCUCAGCCUGGGAUCAACAUAUCCUUGUCAGGGAAUGAAACACCUGAUGAAACUCCAAGCUGGAAAUAUACCUGGUCAUUUGUGAUGGACGGUAAUUUCAAAGCCGAACACUUGCAUCCCAUCAAGCCAUUUGAUGAAGUGUGGCUUGCAGAUGGGCUGGGGUUCAUGGUGGGAAAGGACAGGUAUAAAGUGCAUCUUGUGGAGGCUGCUGACACUUUGGAAAAAUCUAGCUGCAACAAUCACCAGGCGGUAAAUCGAGCAAAUGCGGCUCGGCACAAGCUGGAGUCGAUGGGUAUCGGGGGAGUUGCUUGUGUCCACCAUGGCUGCUUUGUGCCUCAUGCGAUGGUCGAUCUUCAGAAAGGUGAAAGGCAAGCCGAACAUGAAGUUCUACAUUCAGAAGUUGAUCAUGCAUCAUUUGCAGACAAAUGA